AUGCUCCUUCGCUCGCUCCUCCGCCGCGGCGCCGCCGCGGUUUCGGCCGGCGGCGUCCGCGCUCCCGCCGCGCGCUCUGAACCGCCCGCUUCCCUAGCUUCCCUCCUCCUGGCCUCCCGCUCCUACGCGAAGGCCAAGGGUGGUGGGGGCAAGCCGGCGGCGUCCACUAGUAACCGUGGCAAGGUCCGUGUCAAGGAUCCCAAAGGCGUGGCGUCUGAGGACGCCUCCGCUUCAGGGGAAUCCGCCGCAUCCGCUGGCGGGGCAGACGAGAUCGACGCCGAGUUCGAGAUGCCCACCGACCCGCUGCCCCCGACCUACGACCCGGCGCUCGACGUCGGGCCUGGCGGUCGGCCGCUCUUCGCCUUCACCGACACCUUUGCGUCCUUCUCCCACCGCGGCGCCAAUGCCUACGUCGAUUUCACUUUGGAUGAAUGGAAAGCCAUGUUACCAGAAGGAUUGCCAGCAGGGAUGCUGAAGGAGUUUCAAGACACGAGGCGGUGCGCGGUGAUGGUGAGGGAAAGCUUCCUAGACCUGCGGGAUAACUUCCGGAGAAUUGUUGAUCCGGCUAUUACAGCCAAAUGCAAAGAUACCAAAAGACAAAUUAUCUUGGAUGGCCCUCGGAGUUGUGGUAAAAGCAUUGCACUUGCGAUGCUUGUGCAUUGGGCCCGUACUGAGGGAUGGCUGGUGUUCUAUGUUCCCCAAGGGAAGGAUUGGACUCAUGGAGGAUUUUUCUAUAGAAAUACCUACAGUGAUCUUUUUGAUACUCCUGUACAGGCUGGAAAGGUUUUGCAGGAUUUUUUGAAAUACAACGAAACCCGCUUACAGCAGUUACCAUGUCAAAUUCUUGAGCCUAUUCCCCUGGGAGAAGGUACUGGUGUUGGAAUGAUGAAAGGGGCUGACACAGUGGAAAUGCCAGAAGGGUCCACAUUGUAUGAUCUCAUUCAAACUGGGAUAACCCACUCGCAUGCUGCAGUUGGUGUUGUAGUUCGUUUAAGAAAGGAGCUAUCACUUGUUAAAGAUGUGCCUGUACUGUUUGCCAUUGAUCAGUAUAACAGUUGGUUUACUUUCACCGAGUACCAGGAGCCUGUAACUGUUAGAUCCUGUCGAUCAAUCCACGCGAAAGAGCUUACAACGGUCAAUGCUUAUAGGUCAAUGCUUCACAAUGAUAUGAUGGUAGGAGCCUUCUCACAUUCAACCGCAGUUGGCAAACUAAGACAGGAGCUCCCGGAUGUUCCCUCUGACGCUCGUCUGAUUUUUCCACGGUACACCGUAGAUGAAGCAGAGACUGUGUGCCACUAUUAUAUGAGGCCUCAUUGCGUUUGUGUGCAUAGUUAUUGUGAAGCCUGUCGUCGCUGGAGCAGAAGGGUAGUUCUGAUAUCUCCCGUUCUGAAUUACUGGCCCUAUAUGGUUUUUGUUCCUGCGUGA